AUGAAGAGAACAAAAGAGAAGGAUAUUUCAAGUUUCUUUAAGAAACGGAUUUGUAAAGAAAUUGUAAAUACCACUAGUCCAAAUCCCAUCCCAACUCAAGCAAGUAAAAAAAAUUCUUCAUCAUCUACCCAUAUUCCUCCAUUUGAUGAAACCGGGGGUAUUGCUCUAAAACAAGAGAGUGAAACAGAAUCUGGAGAUAGUUCGAAUGUUAGGACUGAAGCUUUGAUUGAUCAUGGAAGAUUAAGUAAAUUGGAUGUUCGAAGUCUUCCUCAAGACCCGGGAGAAAGAAGGAAGAUGAGUGCUUUUCAUCCGAAUCAUAGGGAUAUGGUUAGGAGAGAAUAUAUUCGAAGAAAACCUUUUCAACCCAACUUCAGUCAAAGUCCUUUUGAGAAAACAGUGUGCCGUUUUAACCGUAGAUGGUUUGGAAAGUAUAAACCUUGGCUUGAGUAUAGUGUUACCAAAGAGGCAGCUUUUUGCUUCAUUUGCUAUCUGUUUGAAAAUGAGGUUUCGGUUGGGGGAGACGCUUUUGUUAGUGAAGGAUUUAGAACAUGGAGCAAGUCAAAUGCGUUUGACGAGCAUGUUGGUGGACCUUUGAGUGCUCAUAAUCAAGCUUUGCGAAGUUUAAAUGAUUUUCAAUGUCAAAUGGGUUCAAUCAUCUGUUUUUUCCAAUUCUGA